UUUCUUCACUUAACCACUCUCUGCUGCAUGACAUCUCUUCACAAUCUGCUAUUGUCACAACACUACUGUUCAACCUUCUGGUAUUCUAUAUAUAAGAAGCAACUUUCACCAUUCCAACUCACUUCACUUGCAAACUUAAUGUUUCAGAUGGCUAAGUACUUGGCUUUCCUUUUUCUCAUGCUUAAGCUUGCAACCACAUUUGCAUCCCAACUCAACUCUUUGAAUGAGACGUGUCUUGGUGACGGUGGUUUCGACUUGCAAAUUGAUAUAUACAUAAAUAGCUGUCCAGAGGCUGAAGCCAUCAUCUUUUCUGGAGUUGAAAAUGCUGUUUCCCAAGAUUCGAGGAUGGCGGCUUCGCUGCUUCGUCUUCAUUUCCAUGAUUGCUUUGUUAAUGGUUGUGAUGCUUCAGUGUUAUUAGAUGACACUGGGAACUUUGUUGGAGAAAAAACAGCACCACCUAAUCUGAAUUCAUUGAGGGGGUUUGAAGUGAUUGAUUCAAUAAAAUCUGAACUUGAAUCUGUUUGUCCUGAGACCGUCUCUUGCGCUGAUAUUCUGGCAGUUGCUGCUAGAGACUCGGUUGUUCUAUCUGGUGGUCCAAGUUGGGAAGUGCAAAUGGGUAGGAGGGACAGUUUGAGCGCUAGCAAAGCAGCUGCAACUAACAACAUCCCAGCUCCAAAUUCAACAGUGGCAAAUCUUGUGGCCAAGUUCCAGAAUGUUGGCCUUACACUCAAUGACAUGGUUGCGCUUUCUGGUGCACACACAAUGGGAAAGGCUCGAUGCUCAACUUUCAGCUCUAGGCUACAGAAUCUCAGCAACUCAAAUGGUCCAGAUGUUAAUGUGGAUUUCCUUCAAUCUCUGCAGCAGCUGUGUUCGGAACCUGGCAGUAACACAGCACUCGCACAUCUUGAUCUAGUGACCCCAGCAACAUUCGAUAACCAGUACUAUAUUAACCUUCUUUCUGGGGAGGGAUUGCUUCCAUCUGAUCAAGCUCUUGUUACAGGCAAUGAUCAAACUCGCGAAAUUGUUGAAUCCUAUGUUGAAGACCCAUUUAUCUUCUUUGAAGACUUCAAGAACUCCAUGUUGAAAAUGGGGAGAUUGGCACCUCUUACUGGGGAAAAUGGUGAAAUUCGUAGUAACUGCCGUGUUGUUUAUUGACCUCUAGCUUAAUAACUCACCUAUGACAUAAAAGCAUCGCUUUG